AUGACACACAUUCUUCGGCGACGGACCGAGCACUUCCCAGACGUCUUCAACCGCCCCUCCACCAUCUCCGACGCCUCCAUCACCCGUUUGCCGCAAGUGGAGACCAACGUGGAAUUCGAUCUCUCACCCUCUCUUCAUAAAACAAUGAGGGCCGUGCAGCAGCUCUCAGGCGGAGAGCGCCCGGAUCGGACGCGAUCCCUGCUGAGGUCUACAAGCACGGCGGCCCCAACUCAUGGAUCAUCUGACUGUAUUCUUAAUAAUAAUAAUAAUAAUAAUAAAGAGUAAAGAACACUCGUUAGGCAGAAGCUCCCUGGACGAAAGCCGUGUUGGACAUCACACAACAUUUUGUUCUGCUCCAGGUAUUUCAUCAAGUGUCUUUUAAUAAUGCGUUCCAUUAUUUUACAGGCGAUGCAAGUAAGAUUGACGGGACGAUACUUUCCACAGUCAAGUCUUCAGCCUCCUUUAUGGAUCGGAGUAAUGAGUGCGCACUUCCAUUCCUCCGGGAGCUCGCCGUCUUCAAAUGACUUUUGAAAUAUUGCGGAUAAGGGCUUGCACAGUUCGUUAGCAAGUUCCGAAGUGCUAGUGCGGGAAUUCUAUCUGGGCCAGGCGAUUUGGCAGGUUUCAGCGGGAGUAGCUCGGCCCUAACUAUGGUCGAUGAAGAGAGUGGUUCCUCGGUUAAGGAGGGUAAGGGGGUGUAGGAGGGGGAAGGGUACUAGGAGGAGACGUCGGUUGGCAAACGGAUGGAUAGGCAAAUAUAGAACUAGGUUCUCGGCUGAAGACGGACAGAAAGAAAUUAGAAAGUAGGGAAGCUCUGACUUUGUCAUCUGUCUCCACUUUUCCAUCUGCAGACCUUAGAGCAGGGAUCAGCUCCUGAGUCCUUUUAGUACUUCGUAUAUAGCAAUAUCGCAUUUUCGGAUGUUCCAACGAAUUUCGCAGUAUGUUCAGUUUGGAAGUCUCACUUUUACCAACUUUACGUUGUCGCUUAUUUUCCCGUAAAUGUAAUUCGGAGCCAGUUAGUCUGCAAUGCCUCCACUGACGACUCCUUUUUCUGAAAGAGGCCUUUAAGUCCGAGUUUAUCCUUUUGGGCGUUUUUUAUAACUAUGUGGCUGAUUACUGAUGCUCCAGAUCUGUGGCUUAAAGUCUCAAAUAAACUUAUUUGUCCCAAGCUAGCGAUUAAUUCCUGAAGAAAUUAAAGGUUGCAAUUAAUAUGUUUCCCUUAUUCCAGUUUCCAGGAUUUUGUACAGUAACCAGCGGCGUUGAAUACUAUCAAAUGCUUUCGUGAGUUCAAUCCAAACGACAUCGACUCUUGUGUCAUCGUCUAACGAGCAGGACCACUGCUGCAUUGAAAACAGUGCGUUUGUUAAAUAGGGGUGGUUUUGUCGAAAACCACGCUAGACACUGUCGAAGAUAUCCUUUUACCCGAGGAUCAUCAUGGGAGACUUUUAGAUGAUCCAUCCCACAGCUCUGCUACAAAGGCAUUUCAGGCUCGGCGGCCCUUAUUUAUUAGUUUAUGUUAUAAACCCACACUUGUAAUUGGUUACAUGCGAAUUUUAGACGAGGUAGGCAAAAUCAGUACAUAGUGCAAUUCAUAGUUUUUGAAUUAUUAGGACGUUAAGAAAAAUGAUUAGCGAGGGGUGAAAAAAACUCCUCGGAAAAAGUUAAAGAUGAUUGGAUGAAUUUUAUAGGAGAAAAAACCCUCAAUGAAAAAGCAAUAACAGAGAAAUGCGGGCAGGACUGGCCUGCAUGUGGCGGUAUAUAAUGGAUUAUAAUCGACAGAAAUAAACGUCAGCUGCAUAUGGCAUUGUAUAAUGGAUUUGAUGAAGGGUAAGUAUGCGGGUCACUCGGGACUGGCCUGUAUUUGGCCUUGAAUAAGGCAAAAAGUGGCAAAAAUUAAAGCCAGUCUCGAGGCGAUAGGAACCCAGGUGCGGUCAGUUACAUUCAUCCGGAUCCAUCCGAGGAUGGGGCAAGGGUGAUGCGACUAGACUACUAGUAUAUGGCGAAUACAGAAGGUUUCGCCAAGAGCGUCGAUGGAGCGCCUUCUGUGGGGGCAAGAUGCAUGAACUUAAAAAUUGAAAAAAUUAUCAUAUCUGGUGAAGGAUCUUAGGAUGCGAUACGACUCACAAAGGAAGGAAAUGUGAACAGAUACGGAAAGUUAAUGGCGGCGUCCUAAAUUCCUGGUGGCCCUUUCUCAGUGUCAUAGAGAAAGUUGUCCGGGAAGGAUGAGGAAAAUAAAAGUUUAAUCGACUCAGCGUUCAUAUAAAGGCGUUACCUUCUCUUAAGGGUAUGUAGAUUAUCUGAAGACUAUAUUUAUUGGAAGGUUAUUCCAGAGGAAAGUACAUCUGGAAGCGAAAAAUAGAGAACGCUUAGAGGUGGAGGAAGCUGGAUGAGGUAUAACCAAGGAUUAGUUGCGAAGAUUUUAUGGGCAACUACUAGGGGUAAGUGCUGAAAUCCAAGGAAGAUUGGAACUAUUACUAAUGAGAAAGAGGAGACAGAAGCCUGCGUCUAGUCUCCGAACCCAUAAAAAUUUUAGGCUAAUUAGCUGGUAUCUAUCUGAGUGGGAGAUAUUUGGAUGUUCUCUAUCUAAAAGUUUUUUAGAAAAACGUCUUUGUACCUUUUUAAUUUUUAAACGACUAGCCUCAUUCAGCAAACCAAAGAAUGAGCAGCAAUACUCGAGAAUGGGAAGUACAAACAUACGAUAAAGUCUUAAUUUAAUUUCAGGAAGGUAGAAAUUGUAAGAAAUAAAGCCACAAAUCUGGGCAACUUUGGCUGUAAUUCUGUCAGCGUGCGGCGAGUGAUUAAGAUUAUUAGUGUAGCUUAAACUUAAAUCAUUGAUGGUGGUACAUUCAGUCAUAGGUGCGCCUUGAAAGACCACUGGUUGGAUAGUCUGUCAGGUCCAAAACACAUAUAGCGACAUUUAGACGGAGAGAAUUCCAUUGGCCAUUUUGAGCUCCAAGCUGAGAGAACAAGCAAGUCAGCAUGGAUUUGCUCCAGGCAAUGAAGACUCGUAGAUUUAUUUAAAGAACAUACACAUUUGAGAUCAUCGGCAUAAAUAAAUGGUUGCGAAUGAUUAACUGCCGCCAAGAUAUCACUUACGUAAAGCAAGAUCAAAAGAGGACCUAAAACGGUGCCUUGUAGGACACCAAAAUCAGAGGGGUGAAUAUCUUUGCCAAAAACGAUUGUUAAAUAUGUGGAAGCAGCCUGGAGAGUUUGUAAACAAGUUCCUUUUGAACUUUGGUCGUUAUUUGGUCCGGACUGGGAAUUUGUAUUCCUUAAGCGCCAGAAGCUCCUUCAGGUUAGCUCACCUAAACCGACACCACCACAGGUGCACACACUAUUGACAGUCCGUCGCCAUCAACCGCCGCCACCUCUAAAAUCCUGCCACAACUUCCAUAUGGACAGCGACUACUAUUAAUUUUCCCAUUGCUUCUCUUUAAUCUCCACCUACGCGUAGUGAUCGUCGUGUCCGUAACCCUGAUCAUUUCCAACUUAUAUACGGCGCCUAACGUUUGUUAUUUCGCUCACGUUUUGCACAUUUGAACUCCGUUUUCCUAGGAGGGGUAUUUUAUUGAUUAUAAAGUGUUUUUUCAUAGUGUGCCGACAUCCAUCCUCGGUGUUCCGAAAGAGCAACCGCUCUACGUGCAACAUUCCUAAGUAUGAUUGACAGAAUUACACCGGCUCGGUAACAUACCAGUUUGCAGCCAAUAUGAUCGCGGACAUAGUGUUUUCUUAACAUAAAACAAUUAAGCUUUUAUCUAGCAUAUUUACCUCGGUUUUUUACUAAAUACUGGCAAAUUAUUUGGCGUGGUUUCUGGAAAGCCUGUUGAACGUUUGGCUUGCCUUGUCGGUCGUGAGAGGUAUGCGCCUAAUAUUUCGUGACAGGUUAGGGGAAUAUCACUCCGUGUUUUUAUAUAUCGGAAGAUUUUGGCGUCUUUCAUUGCGGAUUCCUGCUGUUAGCAAUUGGCAGUUUAAUUUUCAUUGAUUAGCGACUCUUCUGCCAGUCAAGGGAUGCGGACCAUUGUGUUAUGCGUCAAAACAUAGAUGGCCGAAAAGUACUUUGGUUUUCGGUCUCCUACUCAUGAACUUUUGUAAGAGCCCGACACUCAUCACCUUCCCAUCAUUUCUUCUUCGACCUCUACAGAGAACUCGGCUGAUUGGUUUUUGCUUACAAUUUGCACAAAUUUCUGCUGGAGUCCUUCGAAUGUUCAGUGAUAUAUGGAUUCAAAUCGAAGAUCUUGGAUAAGCCCUUCAUAUUCAGGGAAAUGAAAUUUACUACGACAAGCUUCUGCUGAAAUUUUAAGCGACUGCCGAUCGAUUUCUAGCGCAGUUUCAUUGCCUGCACCCCAUUUACCAGGACACGGUUAAGAAAUGAAUGUAAAUGGGAUUAUUUGGUUCGGCGUAAUUUUUUGGAUAUUGAGUUUCGCUGGACUCUUUCUCAGUGUCACGGCCGGAUUUUAUUUUCACAGACAUUUCCUUGCUUUUAUCUUUACGGAAUAUCAGCUGAAGGUAGUAAUGACUACUAGUGGAAUUUAUGGUUGCUGGCUUGUUCUGACCGCUAGUACUGCAGCAAACACAGCAAAGACUCUGCAAGUUUUGGCUGUUGUUAUGUUUUUUCUUCAAACAUGCAUCAACGUGGUUGUGGAGGUUACCGUUUUAUACCGUGUUUUUGCCAACCGGGAAUAUUAUAUUGAACACGUAUUGAAUCAAACAGUCUCGAAGCUAGUAGAGACCUAUCACAUUUCUGAAAAAGCGAGUAACGUAAUGGAUAAUGUUCAUUACUUCUUUGAAUGUUGUGGAAUUACUCAAUGGCACACCGAAUGGUGGCUUGACAUAAAUGGCUCUAUGAAGAAGUCCUUGAACAGUCCCUUUGCUUGGGUUCCGGCAAGUUGCUGUCUUCCCCAUGUACGGUCAAAAGACUGCGGUUUUGCUACUCCUAGGACAAGACCACACGAUAAGUCGUCGGAGAAGGAACUAUCGGAUUUUUGGGAACCCGGAAAAAGUCAGUACUUUGAAUAUGGAAGUAUUGCAGCCGCUAGUUGGUACAAUAGACUAUUUAACGAACCAUGCCCAGAUCUCAUCAAGGAGUAUAUUGGAGAACUCCCAACAUACGCUCUCAUGCUCAUUUUAGCGCUUACUGUAGGGAAGGCAACCAUCAGUUUGGCCGCACUCAUGUCUUUGUUCAAGAAGGAUUAGCUUUUUCAUUAAAUGGAAGCUUACUGAUUUUAAUGCGGAAAUACAAACUCCAGCUUAACGUUGGGCAAAGGGCAUGUGAAGGAUACAGUAUGUUAAAGAAUUUCACGUAAAAGUGCGGACAGUUUACCGUUCGCGUGCAUCUGACUGUAAGUGUUGUUGCUCCGAUAGGGCGUACAAUCUUCCAUGUAUUCAAAACGUUCCGGAUUGGGAACAAAGCACUUAUAAUGCGGAAAAUGAAAGUCUGGGGUCAUUAUGAAGGACACUAAAUAUGUGAAGACACCCACAAGUGGCAACGGCUAGAUGAGUUAAUAUUCCUGAAGCAGGAGAAAAUUAUGUUCCGUCAUAUGCAAUUGAGCUGAAUCUGGACGUAAGCGGGAGCGCUCGACCUAUUUCCGGCUUACCCCAUCUUUUCAGACUCCGUUUCCAUCCUGUAAAUAUAUGAGACAUGCUUAAAUUGUGAAUAUGCUUCGAGCUCCACAAUUUGGAACUGUGAUGUUAAUAGGCAAUCCGUUAUCCUGGAGUAUUUAUUGGUUGUUCUGAUGGCCAGUUGGGACUGUUUGCUCGACCCGGCAUUUAGUUGUGCCAGAAAAGUGCUCAUAAUCUAAAUUAACUAUCCUGCGUGCUAUUUAAUGUCAUGGAAAAGUGUGCAAAUAAUCGUAACCGUAGAAGCGAGAGCCGUUACGUUCUUUGCAGUUGUUAUUUCGGGGUCAAAUUUUGAAGGGAACCAACAACGGCAGAUGAUAUUAUUUACUUGGCACAUAGUUUGGGAGUGAAGUUGAGCACUACCAAUAAUGUUUUGUUGCUAAACGACCGAACAGCACUAUGAAGGUGCAGGGGAGGCUGAUAAGACCCAAGAUUUCCCCAUACGGUUUUCAGGAAAAAAACUGCUGCAUGGAAGGAGAAGGAAUAAAAAAGCAGAUUAACCGUGAAAAUAAGCUAUAGAUAAAGUGCACAGUGAUGGAAAGCUCAAAAAUCUAUUUAAGCUACCGGCGACUCGGCGCUAGCAGGUUUUAGCACGACCUGAAGUGCAAAGAAUAAAGCGGCCGCGCCCCUUAUCUUGCGCAAUAUCUGCUAUGGGCCCGGACGGCUUUGCGCGAUUCUUGCUGAUACAGAGCGGCAAAUGAAUCAUAAAUAUUUAAAUUAGUGCGCGUGGAGGUGUUGUGGCAGACCUGGAAUGAGAACGCAAAGGGAUGGGGCUCUGACAAACCAGCAGCAAUUACAGAAUCCCGAAAAGGAUAGUCGGGGAAUUAGUCAAAGGCGGCGUAGUCAACGUCUGUAACGAAAUACAAACUAUUCAUUAAAGGUAGGUCGAAUAGAAAAUCGAGUUUCGUACGGGUGUCAAUACCUGCAAAGAAAAUCAUGACAUCUCUUGCGAAACCGUAGUAAUAUAAACCAAACGCAGAGCAAAUGGUGUGCGCAAACAGAGCAGACUCAGAUGUGACCUCCUAGGUACAAGAUUAUAGGUGCGUGUAGUACAUAAAUAAUGGCAAUUUAAUCAUGAUUAAAUGUCUGAUGGUGCAUUUUUCAUUAUAGAAGAAGCUCUGUGUAAAGGAUCGGGAAUAUAAAGGUUAACUGGUUCAUUGUCAACUUAGAGGUGUCUUAUUCCCUUUUAAAUAGACAGGCUAUGUGAUAAAUUAAUACCACUUGGCUGAUUCUCACGGAGGAAAGUAUGCUUGAAAUCAAAGGAAAGAGGGUGGUAAGAAGUGAAGGAGCCGGAAGGAAGUGGUCAAGGAAGAGCUACGAAUGCUGCAUGGGCAAAUAAUGUCGGCAGUUGCUGAAAUUCUAGAAAAAAUUGCAAGCUUCCAACCCCAUAACCAAUUGAAUGUUUAGGUUGCAUAGCUAGUAUAUUAACGAUCAGGAAGUAAAUGGGUGUCUUUGGCAUAAUGACUACACGCAAAUGGUGCGUACCAAUUUUCACGCGCGUACUUCGAAGUUGAGUCGAAUUCCCAGCUCUCCGAGUUUUAGUUGAUUUUAUUUGAUAGUAUAGGGCAUACUGACCUUCGCGUGGAAAUAAACUGCGAACUCACAACGUAUCCUUUGGAUUUGGAUUUCGAGUACACCAACUCGAAAGUUCUACCAUUCUUGGAAUUUUCGGAUCUCGACGUUAUUUCCCACGGUAUCAGGAGGAAGAUUCUACGCGAAUUCUCCAAGGAACAGAACCAUUAAUUAGUCCUCUCAUUCGCGCCGGUGAAAUAUACCACAAAUUCUCCACCAACAGAUAUUUGCAAUCGUCCACCCAUCUGUUCAAGGCUCCCUAAUUGACUUUUUCCGAGAUCUACGUCGAAAACUACAAUCGGCAGAGUCGUUUCCUAUUUAACUUCAUAAUUGGAAAAGUAUAUAUUCUAACAAUUGCUGAAAACAUCCUGCACUACUCUAGAACUGAUUGACGAGUUUGAAAACCUUCAACAAUGAGCCAAUCAGUUAUAAAAAAAAAACGUGUUCACAAAAGUUACGCAAUUGAGAUUUGAACUCGUUACCUGAGGAUCCAGAGGCCAGGGUGUUAACCACUACACCACCAACGAACGGCCUGGCGCUGAUCAGAUAAGUUUGUUAACUACAGAAGAGCAGCUGAGAACGGUCUUUAAUUCAUUAGUAGUCUCUUGCGAUAAAAUGCCGCUGGAAUCAUUAGGGGCCAGGAGGCAUAAGCACAAUAGGCUCCAAGAGACAAGACAGGAAAUAAGAACCGGUUCACUGCCAAGAGGCCCUGGAAACUGUAUGACAGACGGGACGGAUUCUGGGCUUGUCGGUCGCUGUGUCAGCUGUGAGGAACUUGAAAGGCGAGCCCAGACGCCAGAAGAGAAGCAGGACUACUGACGGACAUCAUUAUGGCUAUUCUGAAGCACAGUAACAUAAAAUUAUUAAAUAAUCCGCCAAAUUUCCGAUCGAUAGGUGACGAUCAUCCUACAUAUAAAGACACUGGCUCGGAAAACUCGAAGUCAGCCAGGCAGAGGAAGCGAGUUAUGUCUCCAGGGGAAACUCCAGACAAAUCAGUUCCGGUGGAUAACGAGGCGGUCGACGCUAUGCAUUAAAAAUAGGUCAGGUUUCACGUCCUGCUAUAGUAACUAAACCUGCCAAAUCAUCGAACACUAAAGUUAGGAAAGCCAGGGUGACCCUCAGAAGAUCUGUAAGAAACUACAAGGACUCGCCGUUAUUCUUGGAAUGUAACGCUGUUACUCCACUUCAUCACAAGGCUAACUCAACUGGGAAGUGCCCUAACCAUUCCGUUGACGGAAAAGGACACGAUAAGCCUUCGUGCAGUAAAUUGCAACAGGGUAAUGAUUGUACGAGCUCCACUGCCGGAGCAAGUACGUCACAUGAAAAUCUAUGCCCUAUAACCCCCUCGACGGCCGAAAAUCAGUCAGAUAUCGAAGUGUCAGCAUCCGUCGCGAAUACUACAGUAGCAUUACAUCAUCCUAGCGCGGACGGGAAAGUAAUGAGCUCUUCCAUAAAUCGUAAGCAAAAUAUUGUCAUAAGGGACGCCCCAGAGUCCACGUCCUGCAUUCCGAAGGAUUGAGCGACGCACGACCUAGACCUUUAUUUGAGACUUUAAGCCACAGAACUGGAGCAUCAGUAAUAAGCCACAUAGUUAUAAAAAACGUCCAAAAUGGAUAAACCCGGACUUGAAGGUCUGUUUCAGAAAAAGAAAUCGUCCGUGGAGGCGUUACAGACUAAUUGGAUCCGAAGCACACUUACAGGAAUAUAAGCAGCAACGAAACGUUUGUAAAGAUGAGGCCUCAAAGCUGCGAAAGAAGUUUUAACUGAACAUACUCCGAAAUUCGUUGGAGCAUCCGAAAAUUCUAUAUGGCUAUAUACGAAGUACUAAAAGGACUCAAUAGCUGAUCCCUGCUCUUAGGUCUGCAGAUGGAAAAGUGGAGACUGAUGACCAGGUUAAAGCAUCCCUCCUUUCCGACUUCUUUCAGUCCGUCUUUACCCGAGAACCUAGUUCUAUAUAUGCCCAUCCAUCCAUUCGUCAACCAACCUCUCCUCCCAUUAUCCUUCCCCCUCCUGUCCCCUCCCUACCCUCCUUAAACGAGGAACCACUCUUUUCAUCUACAGUUGUUAGGGCCGAGCUACUCCGGAUGAAACCUGCCAAAUCGUCUGCCCCAGAUAGAAUUCCCGCCCUAGCACUUCGCGAACAGGAAGCACAAAUUGUGGAGAAAAUACUGCGUCACUAG